GACUCGACACCAUGAGCUCAGGCGAAGAGGAUGCCCAGUCGGUGCUUCGGAAGAAGGUUCUGGCCAUCCAGCGGGACGCGAGUUUGAGCCCUGCGGAAAAGUCUCGCAAGAUCCAGGACAUCAUGAUGGCCAAGUGGAGGAGCGGAAAUGCUGGAGCAAGUCAGGCGACUAGCGAUGAGUGCGACGACAAGGCCAAGAGUUGGUACUCGCCACCGAGCGAGACUGGCGAUGACGAGGGGAUUCUGGGGUGCAAGCACUAUCCACGCAAGUGCAAGCUCUGGGCUGAGUGCUGCUCCAAGUUUGUGACAUGUCGGCUGUGCCACGAUGAGGAGACCGGCGAUCCCGACCAUGUGCUGGAUCGGUUUUCGGUGAGCAAGAUCCUGUGCAUGGAGUGCGGGACCGAGCAGGCACCGGCGACCAACUGUGCUAAUUGCAACAUCGCGUUUGCCUCGUACACCUGCCUCAAAUGCAACUUGUUUGACGGCAACCCGAACAAGUCGAUCUACCACUGCGACAAGUGCGGGCUCUGCCGGGUCGGCGAGGGCCUCGGCAUCGACUUUUGGCACUGUGACACGUGCCAGAUGUGCCUCUCGAUCGAUCUGGAGAACCACAUCUGCAUCGAGAAGAACAUCAUGUCCAACUGCCCGGUCUGCCGCGACUACAUGUUCACGUCGACCGAGUCGAUCCAGAUCCUGCCGCGCUGCGGCCACUGCAUGCACGAGUCGUGCUUCCGGGAGUACGUUGAGUCCUCGCUCGUUUGCCCGCUCUGCUCCAAGACCAUCUACGACAUGACCGAGCAGUGGCGCCGUCUCGACAACCUCAUGGCGCUCUCGCCCAUGCCCGAGGACUACGCCGAGUCGGUCGCACAUCUCCUCUGCAACGACUGCUCCGGUCGCUGCCAGGUGCCGUUCAACUUUCGCGGCCACAAGUGCAGCCACUGUGGCUCGUACAACACCCGUGCUGUUCAUGUGGACCAUCCCGAGCACAUCACCGCCGCCCGCCUCGGCGGCGCUAUCCCAUCUGCUGCUGAGCGCCAGGCAGCAGCAGCUGCCGCCUCCGCCGCCGCCGAUGACGACGCCUCGGCUUCAGCCUCGGCCUCAGAGGAGUCGGUCACUGGCGAUCAGGACGUGCCCGUUGUCAUCGACAUGGAUGUCGGCGAGUCGCCGUCUGGCACCACCACCGCCGUCUUUGUCGACGCAAGCACCUACGAGGCCAACCAAAUCGGCACCGAGCCUUCGGUCUCUCCGCAGCACCCACCAGCCGUCGUCGACGAACCGGAGCCGGUUGCCAUGCUCAUCACCCCGACCGCCCUCGAUGUCACCGCCGAGUACGGCCACACCGGGCCGGGCAUGUCGCCAUCAAGCAGUGUGCCUGAGAACGGCAGCGCUGGUGGCAACGGCGACGACGACGACAAUGAGGUCUGGAAUGUCAUGGCCUCGCCGUAAACUAUAAAGCCGUGUUGGCCCGCC